CUACAAAGCCAGCUCCAGUUGCUGUCUGCACUCCAGCACCUCACCAAGCAGAGGGAAAGGCAUCAAGAGGGAACAAAUAAGGUUGAAGCAUGAACAAGACAGAAUUCAUCGCUGUUGCGGGCUUUGCCCUGUCAUUGCUGUUCCACAUGACCCGAGCUGAAGUCUGUCCUCCCUCCUGCUACUGUAAGUCUCUGGGGGAGAUGAAGGGUUUGCUGGUAGACUGCAGCUCGAGGAGGCUGAGGGAACUGCCGGCCUUGCCCAGUAGCACCAAGAGGCUUUAUCUACACAACAACAGCCUGACCUCGGUUCCUCCCGGUGCCCUGGACAGCUUGCACGGCCUGGAGGAAGUGAGGGUAUUUGACAACCCUUGGAACUGUGACUGUCACAUCCUGUACCUAAAACUCUGGUUAGAAGACAUCUCGGCACCCUCUCUUGAGAGCACCAGAUGCGCGAGCCCAGCUCCCGUGAGGAUGAAGGCCUUGAGGCAGCUGACUGGGAACGAGCUGGGGGUUUGUAAGAGGCUUCUCCCAAUCAAGUGUCUCGAGUUCUUUUGGCGAGACCUCAUUUUAAUUGCUGGAGCAAUAAUUGCCCUGAUUUUAGUAGCAUGGGCACUGAAAUUCUCCAAAAAGCUGGUCUGCCAAAUAAACCUAAGCCUAUAUCACUGUAAGGGCCGACUGCUGGGGAGGCACACCUCCAAAAACCACAAGAUACUGUGAGCUGUUCCCUACCACGAGCUUGAACAGAAACAGCAAACUAUUCUACCACAAAACCGCAUGGUUUUAAUGGUGAACAUGCCAUAAACAGGUCCAAGGGCUCAAAAGCUGGGUCCUCAGAUAGGCAAGUUUCAUGUCAUUUCCUUUCAAAAAUAAGUAUCAACAGGCGAGUUUCAUUCUGCUGCCAUCUACUCAUAUGAAAAGCAGCUUCUAAAUUUUUAAAAAUCAUUUAACUUAGCAUUUUUCUGCUGAAUUCUCAGCUCUUACAGCAAGAUGAUCUACAUCCCCAAAUCCUACACUUCUUAAGAUAUGGAGAUGAACACCAUUUGUAUUAUUUCAGCAAUUCUUUUCUCAUUCAGAAGUUGUGUUCGCAACCCGUUACCCCCUCACGCUGUCCCAAUGGGCUUGGUAGGACCACUCUUGUGUGCAAACAAUUUCAAGCAUCUCUUCCUCACCUUCAGGAAUUUCCUGCCAGCAAAGUGAAUGCAUCCCUUAUUGAAUAUGCUCAAAGAUGGACUGGUAAUGAGAAUAUAAUCCGUAAAAACUAUUUUAGAUAUUGUUGAAUUUCAUAGAGGGUGAACACGAAAAAAAAUUCUAAGAGUAAUUGAAAUAAUGGAUGUUUAUUAAAGACUCGCACUCAUCCAAUUUUGAUUUCUUUCACAUUUCUACACUUUUCAUAUUAAAAACCUAAGAAAUUUUUACAGUUUGUCUUCCAGUUUUACUACUGAUAUUUGAUACACUAGAUUUUCUGCAACAGCUUUGAAGAGGAUGUACUCUCUUGCCUUUUUGUGUCCUCUAUCCUCAUAGAAAAAUUGUUGUGGUGACUCAAACGUACUGUUUUCUCCCUAACCUGGUAAUUCACAAGGCUCCAAGAACAACAAUUCAUGCUGUCACCCUGCCUGGUCUGGUAAAGGUAGUUGGGAGAUCUCUGAAGGUCUCCUACACUUAAUACUACUGUGGGCAGAUCAAUUUAGGAGACAUUUUGCAAAUGCUCUGCCUAGCCCCAAACCUGAGCCAGGCAUUAGAGGUUAUCUGCUGAAGACACCAAAGACUGCUUGGAUCCUUACCUAGCACCUUGUGAUGAGUGGGGUUCCUUGUUAAAGCACAAAAUACCCCAAGCGAAGCUGGGGUUAGCUUUCUUCCAAUAGGUGAUUUUGCCAUUACCAAAAAUGUGCUGUCACUUCAAUAAGAUGAGACUCGUUCCUAGCCACAAACACUCAAAUCCAAGGCAGCAGAAGCUUCACAGGGACAUUCCCAGGUCCCUCUUGCCACUGCCACUCCAGUGAUACAGAGCCAAACUGUCCAUGCUGACUGCUGGCACCGUUCUCAAGCAGCUUUAGAAGAGACGUGUUGCUGUCUGGAAUGUAUCUUAACUGUUAGUCCGCUCACUCUCCUGCACUAGCAGGGACAGGCCAAUCUGAGACACCACCACUUGUCAACCUAAAUUGAUGCCAAUUCAGGAUGAGCCACUUGCCCCUCUCUGUGACACAAGGAACGGCCACCAAGUACAGUGGAACUGCUGGAAGAACCUCUGAAGCGCAGACAGAUUUGGGGAAAGGACAUGAGCCAUGGGUAGAGGGUUACACAAUUUAUAACGUAGUGUAGCAUGGGGCUUUAGAUUGAGAAAAGGAAAGGAAGAGUCAGAUAUUCUCCCUGUGCUGUAAACGAAUUAAUGAUCUGAGAGAUAAUACACCCAUUGCAAUGUUAAAGUCUGCAAAUGAUACAUAGUGGGGAAAAAGAAGAGAGAAGUCAUAAAUGCAAAGAGCAGUGGGUUACUCGGAGUGCCAAGAAAUCGAAAGCAAGAUUGUACAUCUAGAGACAAAAGAUGGGUUGAGGACUCAAUUCAGAGAAAGCAAAUAAUCUGGUAAGAAUGAUCUCCCAUGUACAACAUUGCAGCAAAGGGCUAAUGUGAUCUUCUCUUGUUAAAAGAGGGAAUAGCAUUUAGGGAUAGAAAGAUUUAUUUACUUCCAUGUUUAGACAAACUACAAUAAUCUAGUAUCAAUGUCUACAGAUGAGGAAGAAUCAGAUGCAGAAGAAUCAGAAAAAACACAGUAAUGUAAAUAAAGGAUUGGAGAAUAUAUCUUAAAAGGAACUUGAUCAACUUCAUUUAAUAAAGAGGAAUUUAAGGAAUGACAAGAUGACAGCUUGUAUGAAUCUACAUGAAGAUAAAUUUGUUAACAAAGGGCUGGGACCAGAAAUUAGAACAUCAGACUAGAAACAAGACUCAAAAUCAAACAGUGGAAACACAAAAACACCUCGUCAAAUGCCAUAGUGAAUUCUACAGCUUAACCAACAUUGGGCAUUUUUUCAAAUUGGUAGGCGCUACCUGAAAUGAGAACUAUUUUAACAGAACUGUACGUGACACCUAAACCAUUACAACCAUUCUAUUCGCUUUGGUCACCUGCAAAAUUUAUGGUGGGACAAGCCACGAAGUGAGAGCCCACAAUGGCAGCGCAUCACAGGGACAUCCUUACUGAGCACCAGCAACAUCCCUGAGGAGCUCAGUCUGUGCCAGCGGAGCAGCCCUUCCACACCCCACAGCAGCAGGAAUAUCCCACCCUACCGUCUUCAAUUGCACAUCGCACUCUUCACCAUGAGGAACUCAACGUGCAGCACAGAAUUGGCUUUUUACAGUGUCGCAUCCCUGCGGCAGGAGAUGAACCAUGUAACCUAGAAAGAGCAGGGCUCAGGAAGGCUGCAUCACGCUCCCGUGCAGACCUGAGUAAAAUUGUGUCUUCAGAUUUACGUGUACAUUUCCAUCAGGUGAGCACAAACACUCAGAAUUUCCCUGGCUUUAUUAAAUGUUAUUCUACUUAAAUAACCUCUGCGGGAGAGAAUUUCAGAGAAAUACACAGGAACACGGUGGUGUGUGCACUUAGACAAUUUUAGAAUAUUUUUGCUCUGCUGAGCUUUUCAAUUUUUUAAAAGGCAACCAUCAUUUUGUAAUAAUGCGGAAUAUCGUAGAAGAAAUGCACUCUGAGAUCUCUGAUGGAGAGUUUCCUAAAUGAUAUUUCUUGUUUCCCCAAAAUAAAAUAAAUCUUUAACACUAAAAGCUUAUCACUCUCUGUUGUGCCUAUAAAGCCCAGAUACACGUUUUCAAUCCUGCCAUAAAACCCAGGCCAUGCAGCCCAGUGAACGUGAAUAGUUACAGACCAUGGCCUGUACCAAAACAACAUUCAAUGUGCAGGUGAAGUGCAUGAAGUUGUAACUGUGCAUUGGAACACUGUCAUCUUGAAGGUUUGCUAGGGUAGAUAAAAUAAUAAACCGCUUUAAUUGUACAAACAGAAAAAAAAAUAGCAAUUAGCAAACAUUUCUGCUUAUACCAACCAACACACUAAAUAAGACACAGAGAAUACAGGGGAAAAAAAGUAUUUGAGAGAACAUGUCUUCUGACCCCGUAAGAGGAAUGAAGAGGGAAUCUCCUCUUUGGCAGUAUUUCACAUUACACUUUAAAAAGUGUUGUAUUUAUCACUAUUGAACCAUUUGGCUUUUCUCUGAAAAAGGGAAAGCUCCACCUACCUCUGAAAAGGGGAAAGCUGGAACUGCUAAUUAAAGGCUCAAGAGCAACAUUCAACCCUUUAUCUGGCAAGGCCACCAUGUCCUGCUUGAGCCAUAUACUCCAUCAAAGUGCAUAAAUAAUGCUGCAGUUGGUAACAAUGUGCAAAGACAGGAAAAUACAUCAGUUAUCUAAGGGAAACAUGCAGUCAGCACUCCCUCAGGAGUUUGCAAAGAUCUCAGAAAGCAGUCCUGUAUCAUGCCUGCAAGAGUGCAAACUAGUGAAUAUAUCUCUUCUCAUGCUCUUUGGUAACAUAUGUAUAAUUACUGGGAUUAAUUACAACUGAAAACCUUGGUUCAGUAUUUAGCAAGACAAGUAAUCAUACCCAGAAUGACUGAGCAAGAACAAAAAGUUAUUUUUCAACAGUUCACUAAUACACAGGGUAGAAUUUGCAAUAAACUGCAAUUCUAUGUAAACUGCAGUUCCAUUAAUGUGGAAAAUAUUUGCAGGCUUUAUUUAUUAAGCAGAAUGGUAGGUGACUCGCCUUUUCACUUGAAAUGCUCAAGAUUUCCUUAACAUUGAAGCAAAAAGAGUUGCUCAAUCUGAACAACAACUGUUUAGCUCAAUGCUUGCUUUCUGCCUGGGCUCUACAGUUAGAAUUCAUUCCACACCCAGUGUUUGAGUUCAUGCAUCAGGGAACUUACUGCUUUUGCUCCUCCCGCAAAUCCUCCCAGAUUUUCUUUUUU